AUGGUGCAUCUGCCGAGCUCGGGGAAGCGGCCGGCCGAGCCGGCCAUGGCUCCCGAGCGGCACGCGGCCGCGGUCAAGCUGGAGGUGGAGGAGCUCGGGGCCGACGAGCGCGGCCCGCUCAGCAAGCGCGCCAAGGCGGCUCAGCUGAUGCCCCCGACGCCUCCGCAGCCGCAGCAGGAUAUGUACCACAAUGUACUUGAUGAACCUAGCCCGUUGGGUCUGCGGCUGAAAAAGAGCCCAUCACUCUUGGAUUUGAUUCAGAUGAGGCUUUCUCAAGCAUCCAAUGCUGGGGAGUCUUCCAUGGACAACAGUGGUUCUGAGCCUUCCAAGAAGAAAGACAAUAAAUCUGGUGCGUCUGCAGCAGGAGAACGGCUAAAGGCUUCGAAUUUUCCUGCAAAUGUAUUGAAGAUUGGUUCAUGGGAGUAUGUGUCACGGUACGAAGGUGAUUUGGUGGCAAAGUGUUACUUUGCAAAGCAUAAACUUGUGUGGGAAGUUCUGGAAGGUGGCCUUAAGAGUAAGAUAGAAAUUCAAUGGUCAGAUAUUACUGCUUUGAAGGCAACUUGCCCUGAAAAUGGCCAAGGAACCUUGGAUGUGGCGUUGGCCAGACCACCUCUUUUCUUUAAAGAGACAGAUCCACAGCCAAGAAAACACACACUGUGGCAGGCUACCUCAGAUUUCACUGGUGGUCAAGCGAGUAUGCACAGGCGGCAUUUUCUGCAGUGCCCUUCAACCUUGUUGAGCAAGAAUUUUGAGAAGCUUAUUCAGUGUGAUCAGCGGCUAUAUCAAUUGAGCCAACAACCAGAGAUCGCAUUAGAGACUGCAGUGUUUGAACCUAGGUGCUCAAUAUUUGAGGAUCCGGUUGAAUCAAAAUGUGCUGGUUUUACUAAUUUGAAAGAUGAACAUGAGGCUCUACCUGGCUAUUCAGGCUCUGUGUCACCAUGUGCCGGUUCCUCCAUAUCUGCUAAGAAUGAAAACAAUGAUUCCAUUGGAAUGCCAGCUGAAUAUCUUCCUCAGGCAGUAGGAACAGGCAUUUUUACAGGAGUUGGUGCUGUAGGUGUACAAUCUGUCGGCAGAAAUGUGAAUGGUGCAGCACCAGAAUUCAAUAUCCCCCAUUGGUGGAGUCAAUUGAAGGUGCCUGGGCUUAGACCGUCGAUGUCAGUGGAUGAUCUGGUGAGCCACCUAGGUAACUGCAUCUCAGAGCAGAUCACUUCAGGCAAUCCGGCAUUGGCGAACAAUGAGGUGCCAACCAAAGAAACACUCGAGGGGAUUGCUCAGUACCUUCUUGGUGACACACAAGGCCCACCGGUUUCUGCUUCAGACGAGAGAUCACUGAUGGCCAGGGUGGACUCCCUCUGCUGUUUGAUUCAGAAAGACACAGUACCAGUUGCCAAACCAAAGCCAGAGCCAAAUGACAGUGACAGCAUUGGCGCAGAGGCCUCAGAUGGUUCCGACGAAGAAUUCAGCUCCGCACCAACAGGGAAACCUACAGAUGCCACCAACCCACCAGCCAUGUCAAGAAAGGAUUCGUUUGGGGAGCUCCUGACAAACCUCCCCCGCAUUGCCUCGCUACCGCAGUUCCUCUUCAAGAUCCCAGAGGAUACUGAGAACUGAACAUGGAAGUCAAAGACCUCGCACCCUUACCCUGAAAUAGGGAGUAUGCUGUAAAGAUUGUAUCCAAGCAAUAAGAAAGCCCCUUAUCGCCUCCCUCGGAGGCGAGUUCCCCACCCUGUAAAUGUGACACCCGGUAGGUUGCUCAGUUGUAUGUUUCUCGACUCAGAUGGGUAGUGGAAAAAUUGAAAUGUUCAUUGGUUCUUUGACUCAAUCGUGCCCCGUGCAAAGCUUCUGAACUUAACUUUCAGGCGGCACCUCCACUGGUACCCUGUAUGUUCCAGAUUGACGUGAAUAUAAAGGUUGUUUUCGAUCUGUCA